GAAAGCAAGUAUUAUGGAAUUUAAAAGCUCUGGACAACUUGUUAUGCAACUUUGGAUUUCCAUUUUGCAUUACCAGUGACUUUGUUCUCAUGAUUAUUAUUUAUGUAACAUCUGUACCAUUAUAAAGAAUCAGAUACAACUACUAAACACAUACACUAUGGUGUUGGUGCAUUUUCAGCAUUCUGGUGGCAUGACUGUGUUACUGGAGAAACUGUUAUGACCAGUUUGAACUUCAACACAAGUUUCUUCACACAUGCAGAUUGACUAUGUAUUUCUCCUUUAAACAAUGCGUUUCUGGAGAUGUAGCAUUCAAUUGAAUUUCUUCAUAGUAUUUGAGUUUUUCAUGAUGGUGAAUCUUUUUCUGGUUUGUUGUGAUGUGUAGUCUGGUAGAAGUUUGAAUUUCCUUAUAUUGUUCAUUGUGAUUUAAAGUCUAUUCCGAUGUUCUUGUACUAUACACUCUUUUAGGUUAAGCUGUUCUAACCAAGUAUUUUAUAAUUUGCAAGCAUUCCGCAUAUAUUUGACGGUACAUUAACAUUUCAGUGUCUUCCAUCAGUUGUAAGAUGACAAAUUUGAUUAUCUAUGAGCUAUAUGUGACUAUGGUAUGGUUAUUAUUGCUAUAUGAUUUAUACAGAGUGAACAAGAAAGAACUUUACACUUUUGGAAUAAACAGAAAUGAAAUGUGGCAUGUUUAGAACUUCACAUCUACACCAGUUGAUAGAAAAACUCUCAAAGCUUUGAAAACACCUCAUGGAAACUUAAUAUGUGUUCCACAAGUCACAUAUCAGAUUUCAAGAUGAUAAUGCAACUUGUCCAAAACUUUGUGUAGAUUGUUCCUAUUGAUGGAAGCUGUGGCAGUUAUGAUUCACUGCCUCAACUCUGGGAAAGAUUGCGGCCUAAAUGGAUACUUGGUUGGGUGGUUCCAUGUGAAAUUGUGUGUGAAAUGCACUUUGCUAACUGCAGAAUAUACCAACUCCUCUGUUGUGGGAUAGUAAUUUUCAAAAUUGGUGAUAUGUAGUGGAGGCAUGCAGCAAUAACAGUGGCCUGAGUCAUUUGAGAUAAAACUUUGAGAGUUUUUCUAUUGGCUGGUGUGGGUGUGAAGUUCUAAGUACACCACACUUACUUUCUAUAACAUUUUGAAUGUGUAAAGUCCUUUUGUGCUCACCGUGUAUUUCUAUUACAGUGGCAUAUUUUAUGAUGUAUUUUCUCUUACUCAGUAUUCCACUUUUCUUUGGAUUUUCCAUCAUAUAUAAUGCAAUCAUAACUGUGCUAUACCAUUCUAGACAUCAAACUGAUUUCUCUGCACUGCUACAAUUGCACCACAGAAAUUAUGGUAGACAUAAACAAAUUAAAACUGGCUAAAAUUAAUCUAAUGUAAAUAAAAUAAAGUGUAACAGGAAAAAGUUACUUUCAUGCUGGCAGUAGUAAGGAACAAGUCAAACUGGACAAGAAUAGUUUGAGAAUAGUAACAUAGGGAAGUGGAAUGAAUAUUUUAUAGCAGAAGGCAUUUUUGCAAGUUACCUAUGAAGCAUUUUCCUAGACUUACAUCCUAUUGGUAUUACGUGUGUUGACAAAAAUAAUGUUUUUCAAAACAUAUGUUCACAGGUAAAGUGUAGAAUAAUGGCAGUGUUAAUGAACAUAGCAGUUUGUGUUUUAGAAGUUGCACAACAGAAUGAUGGUUAUAUUUAACACAAUCCAUAAAGGAUAAAUCUCCAUGAAUUGUGUUUAUGGAUCUCUUGGUAAUGAAGGUCAUGUUAAAAAGUUUGUCUGGUAAAUCACUUGUAGUAGAUGUGUCACCCACUGACACAUUUAUGGAUCUACAGGCACGAACUCUUCAGAAAACUGGCUGCCUUCUUGACCUCCACCACUUUAAAUAUAAGGGCAAAGAAAUUAAAGCAGACAAUAAUGUUAUGAAGUUCCUCCAAGAUGGAUUAAGUGAAAAUAAAGAUAAGGAUGGACCUGCUGUAUCAAAAGUAGCGAAAGGUUUAAAAGAACCAGUGAGUGCCUCAGACUCUGUAAAACCGACAAAUAGUGAUGACUUUAUACAUAUUUCACAUAAAAAGCUCUCGGUAAAAGCAGCUAGGAAACAAAAAAGUUCCAGAAAGGUUUUCAAACAUUCAAAAAGACUGAUAUCUCCUAGAAAUGUUGUAAAGACAGUGGACAUUUCAGCAAGAAAAGUUGUUAUAAAUUCACAAGUAGCUCAUAUAAGUGUUGUACAUGAUAAUGAAAAUAGAGAUUCUUGUGGUAUGGAAGUAGCAGGAAAUCUUGGAUGUAUAAAAGGUUCAGAAGCAACAGAGCAAAAGAUGGAUGCCAAGGACAAACUUAAAGUUGAAGAUAUGGAUAGUAUCUAUAUGAAUGAUCAGCAGAAAAGUAAUGAUUCUGUGUAUGUAGAUUAUAAAAAUAUUCAGAAUGUUGCAUCUAUUUCUAAUAGGACAUCAGGUAGUAAGAGAAAACCAGGAAGAGAUAUGUUACAACAGAAUUCUUCAAAGCAAGAUGCACAUCAGAUUUGUGGAAUUGAAAAUUUUAUGGAAACUGACAAAUAUAAAAUCCCUACAGAAUCAGUGGACAUUAUGACCUGUAGCAGGAAUAUAGAUUACAUUACUGAUCCUGCCAAAAAGGAGUUAUACAAAGAUGCUCCAGUUGGGCCUGGUAAUUUUGUUCAAGAUGCAGCAUCGUUUAGAGAGGAAAGUUGUAAGGAUGAAAUAUCAUCUUUUAUAGGAAAACAUAAACCUAAGCAAGAGCCUGAAAAUUUGAAAUUGGAAAACAAUAAUAAUAAUCAUGUUGAUUCCAUAAUUUUAUGUUCUGAGAAGGAAGAUGAAAAAACAUGUGUGGAGGGCAGUUCUGUACACUGUAUGCCUGUCAGAGCUUCAUCAGAAGUGAAUUUGACUAUACCUAAUACACUAAAGAUGUUGGAAAGUACAAAUAUGGAUAAAGAUAUGUUGUCCGAAACAACAAUAAGCUCAGUGGAUUUGAUGACUGUUACUAGCAUAAGACCCAAGACACCUACAAGUAGUAUCAUGUAUGAUAGUGAAGUUCAGCCAAACACUACUGCAAGCUCAGAAACACAGUUAGCUCAUCCCAGUACUGACGGAGACUCUGGUCAGCCUGAUCAACUUUGUCGUCUCUGUGCGUUGCCCAGAAAGACUAUGGUGUACAUUUUUAGUGAGACAGGGCUUCGGCUUGGUUUACGUAGCAAGAUUAAUACAUGGCUACCAACACAUGUGAGUAGAACUGAUCCCUUGCCAAAGCAAGUGUGUGAAUUCUGUAUUGAGAAGCUGGACUUGUGCCAAGGUUUUGGGAUUUCAUGUGUGAAAGCUGAACAGACCCUCAACCAAUUGUAUGAGAAUGGAAAAUUUAGAUGUCAACUUUGGAUACACAGAGACUCAGAUGACAAUAGAAGUGAUUGUGGUUUUUCUUAUGAAGAUGAUUCCAUGGAACAAAACAAUGAUUAUGACAGUAAUUCUAAUUCCAUUAUGAUGAGCUUUACCAGUGUAAAGGAAGAAGAUGAUUAUAGUUUAGAAGGGACAAGUGGUGGUGACAAGGGAGGUGAUAAAAGAGAAGGUACUAUAACCACAAGUUCUAAACAAGGAAAUGUGAAUGUGAAAUCUGAGAGAAGCGCAGAUGAUAAUCCUGAUGCAAGAUUGCUUCAUGUCUGCGUUGUUUGUGGUCGACGUUGUGCUUCCCAGCGGGCCCUGAAAUCUCAUGUGUGUAUUCCAAUGAACUCUGUGCCAGAUCAGCUUGCGUGCAAGACUUGUGGCCAGUCUUUCAGCACCAAGGCACGUCUGGCAUUCCAUCAGCAAUUCCAUGAUUCUGAUGCCCGCUCUCUUGAAUGUGUCCCAUGUGGGAUGGUUUUCAUAGAAGAGGACAACUUAUAUGACCAUAUUAGUGAAUGUGGAGGGCACUAUAAUAGCAGAGCAGCUCUUCGUGUCCAUAUGCGAUCUCACCGCAACUUGAGACAUUAUAAAUGUGAAGUCUGCAAUAAGACAUUUCUUGAUAAACAGACAUUAAAGGAGCACUCUGUAUCUCACAUGGAAGUGAAGCCGUUUCAGUGCCACAUAUGUGGCAAAUAUUUGAACCGAAACUCACGACUCAAGAAACACUUGAAGUCACAUGAGCUGCAGAAGAUUACAGAACCUCAGGAAUGCUUCCAGUGCUCAGUUUGUGGAGAGACUUUUCCAAAUGAACCCAAAGCUAUUGCACAUGCUCAUAUUGGACAUUCACGGCCUGGUGAGAGUGAAUGUGUAUUCCAACUUUACCCUAUAGACAAG